UUUUGUCGUGAUCGCGAACGCACUUCGUUGCAUUUAAUCACGUAUGCUCCAGUUUUGUCAGUAGUUAUUUCGCUCUUAUCGUAAGACAUUGUCGCUUAAUUCGUUCGUCGUAUGUCUCAUGUGAACUUCAACACGUUUUCGAGUAAUUAGCCCCUUAUAUACCUACCACGUGAUUUUUUUACUUCGAGGUUAAAUUAUUAUUGUAGUUGGUAAAAUGGUUCACCUUUUGUGAUUUUUUUCGCGUAUGCUAAAUGCUACAGAACUAUAUUCUUGAGACGAUCGUAGUGAUUGUAAAGCUUAAAAUCAAAUCGUAUAUUCGGUAGUGAUAUUUAACAAGUGAUUAGUGAAGUGUUGUUGUGUGCUAUCAAGAAUUCUGUUAUCUUGCGAAUACCCGCAGUCAUCUUUCAUCUUGGGCUUUUCAUUUCGAGUGGUUUGUUUGGAAAAUAUGAGAAAUGAGUUCCUCACGAAUUGACAGUUUGAGUUCUGUUUAUUUACCUGCGCAAUCGCCGUUCGACGAUUACCAGGAAACGGUAAUAAGCAGUUUUUCGGACGGAAUCAACAAUCAUGACGUCAGCGAAUCGGAUAUAAUUUGGACGAACGAUGAUAAACCCAUCUUGACACCUGAAAUUACACCCUGGCCUUUGCCUAUUUUCCACCGAGAGCCAGAAUAUCCGCAAAGGACCACUUUGCUGAGUAUGAAGAGAAGGAUGAUCUCGGAUAUACCGAAAUCUGAACCAGUUGUUACCAAAACUAACCCUUUUAUAUUUAAAGAUAAAGACGAUAAUUUAUGGAACGAGGAGUUACCAGAUACACUUUUAGUAUCGCCGCGUAAAGAAAAUACGCCCGAGCCUCUUCCUAAUGACAACGCGUUAUGCAAUUUGGACGAUGACAAAACCAAUUUAAAACUCGAGUUUCAAGAUCUUUUUGGGGACGUGCCAGUGGACGACAUCGAAGUCGAUGAUGUUACCAAAGAAGACGCCGCCUUCUUGGAUAAAUUGAUCAACGAUCUUAAUGUUUGCGAGCCUGGUCAAGAUUUAUUCGCAAAUGAUACCAGAAACCAAGUCAUUGCCUCAAAGUCCGGCAGUUUUAACGAGAUAUCUUGCAAUAUAAAUCAAGGCGCGGCCGCCGAUUCCGAUUCGCAGUCAGCCAUCAAGACGUUAUUGAAGAACGAAUCGUUUCAAGGCAAUUUCGCUAUGAAGAAGUCGACCGAAAUUUUAUCUCAGAUCGACCGAAUGCACGUCUGUUUCACCGAGCAUAACUAUUGUUCUUCGACGAUACCUUUCAGUUCUACCGAACGUUCAGUUCCUAGCAUACGGGUUGCCGAGCCUGUUUCCGUUGAAUGCAUUUUACAAGACUAUAAAAAAGUCGAACCAGUGAUCUCCAGUCCGCCUGCUGGUUCGCUGAAUUUGAAGAUACCGCAGAUAGUUUUACCGCAGUGUUCUCCUUCUACGUGUAAAUCGAUUCCGUCGCCAUCUUCGGGUAAACAGAUCAAAGGUGGCAAAAAUCAUCGUGCUGCUGUGAAAAAAGCCAAGAAAACGAUGCAGCCGAAAUCCACCACAAACAAGUGCAGUAUGAUGCUGAAAGAUGAUCCUACCUACGAACCCAAUAGUAGAAACCGACGAUCAUCUGGUAAAAAAAUUAAAAAGCCAAAAACCAAAGACGAUUGUUUUUCGGCUGCGCUUGUAUCUGCAUCUGCAUUUGCACCUGUUACCCCAUCACUCGAACGCAAGGUUGCCAAAACUCCUGAGGUACGAUCACAGUCAUCUUUCAGCUGCGAACUGAAAUCUAGUCAACGUAUUAACGUCGUCAAACCUCGAGUACGGUCUCCAGUGGCUGCUUCGGCGAUUCCUCAAUUCAUCGGUGUAGUUGGCAAAUACGAUCAACGACAACCAGUGGUCGAAUCGAUUCCGGUGGUAAGAUCGAAUCCACCUACUCCUCUCGCUAGUCCUACCCGAGAAGACAUGACUGACGAUUACGACGAAUUGAAAACUCAAGACUCGCGUCAACCCGAAACUCAAUGCAGUAACGUUGACUCAACAAUCGUCGAACCAGUUCAGCCAUCUGUCGAGGAAGCAGCUCCGCAACCGGCGAAGAAAAAGGUCAUCACGUUACAAGAUUACUUGAAGAAACGGACUCCCAAAUGCGAACCAGAAUUCGAAUCGUCCAAUUCGAUGGCUGAUAUCGUCGUUCCAGCUCCAGUUCCUAACGUCGAAGAAAUACUGAAAUCGAUUGUGAAAUCAGAACCACUUCCGGCGAUCCCGGUCACAAAAGCAUCGCCGACCAAAAAACCCGCUGCUGAUAAACCACCGAAACCGAAACCGAUCGCGAGAUGCGAACCGAUUCGAAAUACUGCCUCAUCGAACUUGAAACCAAUCGUGAAAUCACAACCAAGACUGCAUCCUGAGACACUGAAAAAUCGUGACGACCCGAAAAUCAAACCGGCCCAGCCACAAGAUCCAAUACACCGCAAAUCAAACUCUAAACCACGAUCUCAUCCAACAACCGAAUCAAAACCAUUACCACGCAGACCGGAAACGAUAUCGACGCCGCUCAAGUUGACUAGAAUCGCCAUUCCUGAAAGAUCUACGUCUGCACAUGCCCGAUCAAAUUCUUUAUCGCCGAAUGAGACCUCUCAAUCGUCUGAUUCGUGCGAUCCGUUCAGCUCAUCCGGUGUUUCGAGUUAUCAGAAUUCUUCAAUGUCCAGCGCCUGCGUGUCGCCUGUUGAUGAGAAAACCAACGAUACCAAAUGUUCUGAUAGUGAAAGGAUAGCGGAGAAGGUGAAACCUGUGUUGGAAAUACCAUUUGCUGUGAAUAAAGAAUUGCUUCGUAAAGAUGAUCGUAGUUCUAAGAAAUAUAAACGUAGAAGAGAUAAACAUCGUCGAAGUGAUUCGUCUUCACGUAAACGUAAACUUUCCGACAGCUGUUACGAAGAUGACUCCGAUUGCAGCGAUUAUUCAGACAGAAAACGUUCGCGGAAACGUUACGUUUCCAGUUCAUCUUCAGCAUCGUCUGAAAGAUCUUACCAUCACAGAUCUCACACCUCCGAGGGCUCCAUAUCACCUCGACCAUAUUCGAACGGUUUCGAUUGGUAUCCUCAUCAGCAGGAAAGAGUUCCUGAGCCGUACGUGUACUACCAAAACUUCAACGAAAUGCCGAUGCAAAUUCCGAUGCCUAUGCCAAACAUGUAUUACCCUUCACUGCCGCCUCCUGUCUCGUGCCCGUGGCCAGAUUACGGACCUUAUUAUCCUACCUACGGUGCUCCGAAUAUGCCUGUUCCUUACGUGUUCAAUGGCCAUCCCGAGCCUACGGUCGAUGCCGGCGAAGUCGAAGUAGACAAGCGUGUGUUAUUCGUUGGCAAUAUCGAACCUGACAUUACCGAGGAAGAGUUCGAAAGACGGUUCAAAAAAUACGGUGCUAUACGCGAAGUGAAGCUGCAUUUUCGCGAAAACCAAAAUAAUUUCGGUUUCGUGUAUUUCGCCGAAGAAAGAUACGUUAAUCGGGUAAUCAAGCACGGUUGCGACGAUGACGAUUUACCAACUCAUUACAAGUUAGGCCGUGGUAUGAAAAAGGAACGUGUCGCAGAUCGACGCGCCUUCGUAUACGAGAAGCAAAUACCGGUGCCGAGUUUUCCUACUCCUCCUUCUAGCAGUUAUCACGAAGAUCCGUAUAAUUUGAAACUAGAACAAUUUAAAAGUGAUUUAAGACAAAAGAAAUUCAACGAUAGGUAUAAGUAGAUAGAGAUACUAUUGCUAGAUAGAUAGCCACCAAUAAUACGUUCAUACAUGUACUCAACUUACCUGUUGUACAAAUUCUCGAAGGCUGAUUUUAUUAUUAUUUACAAUACAGUAUCGUUUUUUUUCCAUUUUUAUA